AUGGAGGGCCUUGAGACAGGGCCCCUGACGGCCGAUCCAUUGCUGUCGCAGGCCCUGUCGAGUCUACCGUCAAAUCGGUUGCACGACCACCAUCCUUCGCUGCCGUCGCCGUCGGAUGAUUUCUCGGAUUUAUUGCACCCGGGGUUGGAUCAUUCCUACAACCAAUUCGCCACGCUGCAACCGUUGGCCCCCCUUCCGCCCAUUUCGACGGUGACAGGCCAGUGCCGGCCGGCUCCAUCCCCGCCACGGCAACCGCCCGUCUCGAAUACGCAGAGCGCCUUCUACUUCCCGCCGACCACCGCCCAAUCCUUCCCAUUUAACAAUAUCAAUAUCAAAUACGAGUACGAAGUGAAAUCCGAUUCCGCCGAGCACAGUCCGCAUGAAACGAAUGGAGUCACAUUGCCGCAGGACUUCUCGCCGCACGGGAUCCAGGACCCGAUGUUCAGCUCUGGUGUCUUCUCGCAUACCUCGUAUAACUCGCCGAUGGAACAAAGGCAACCUCGAUCGCCAAAGCUAGAAAAACCAUACUUCGAUAAUUAUGUCGGGGAUGAGACACCGGAAUUGAAAUCGCUAUCCCCAGACCUUGGUGGUGAUUGUGGAGAUGGAGAUGAGCUCGACACCAAGGAGUUGGCCACCCGGAUUUCGGCAGAAUUAAAGCGAUACUCAAUUCCACAGGCCAUUUUUGCACAGCGUGUUUUGUGCAGGUCACAAGGCACCCUCUCCGACCUUCUCCGAAACCCAAAACCCUGGCCGAAAUUGAAAAGCGGCCGCGAGACGUUCAGGCGGAUGGCGAAAUGGCUACAGGAGCCGGAGCACCAGCGGAUGGGCGCUUUGAGAUUUGCUGCCUCUACAAUCGCCGGCACUAAACGACGAGAUGAUACUCCCGGCAAUGGCCCCAAAAAACCGCGUCUCGUCUUCACCGACAUCCAAAGACGAACCCUACAGGCCAUUUUUAAGGAGACCAAACGACCGUCGCGUGAGAUGCAACAUACCAUCAGCCAACAGCUGAACCUCGACCCGAAUACGGUCUCGAAUUUUUUUAUGAAUGCCAGGAGGCGUGGGCACGAUCGGGAGGAUGAGAGUGGAGAUGGGGCCAGCAUUGCCAGCAGCACAGAUCAUACUCAAUGUAUCGAUGAUGAGCAGAGAUAUCAAUCGGCCCCUCCGGACCCGACGAAUGCGUCGAUUUGCUCCUAUGUCCAGACCGAAGAAAUCCAUAAGCUGAUCGACACUCAGGAUCUGGAUUUGGGGGAUUCGAUCAUUGUCUCGAAAUCUCAGCACCACCAGAAUCUGGAGGAUCAAGAGGAGGAUGAGGAGCCUCACUUUAAGGUGAUAAAACGCGAGGUCGGCAAGGGUGGGCAGCCACGCGUCAUCGAUGUGCUGAAGAGCCAGAUGCCAAUAUACGCCGUGAGGCCGAAUGGCCAUCAGAAUAAUGCUAUCAUCACGGGCAGCCACGUUAUUCAGCCGAAUCCCGUCUUCGAGCAGCUC